AUGGCAAGUUGGGCUCUUUGGGGCUUCAUCAAAGACAUGCAAAUUGCCGAAUUUCUCAACUUGGGCUUCACAAGCUCCAUUGAUCUGUACAUUGCGAUUUUCGACGUCACCGAAAUCAUUAUUACCGGAUUUACUUUCGUUGUAACAAUCCCAUCAACGUUCAAACACUUGCCAGAAAUCAUCGACAAUUUCAAUAAAAUCGACGAGAUAAACCCGUCACAACUUUCUGUGGACAAAAUUCGCAAAAAAAUCGUGUUUUUAUUGUGCUUUGUGCUAAUUUAUAUGACAGUGGCGUACACUUGCGAUUUAAUAAUGUGGAGUCAAGACUUGUUGGUGGGAUUCAUUCAUGAUCUUCCCUAUUACAUCAUGUACAGUGUUGUGGUGAUUCAUGAGGCCCAGUAUUGGUUUUUAGAGACUUUGAUCCGACUUAGAAUCAGUGGAAUGAAUAGAAUUGUUGAAACCUUUAUCCAAAAAGGCAGGUUUUUGCAUUCAUGA